AUGGGAUCUCUUAGUCAGCCACCCAGCCAGUACGACGUGCUCAUCGUGGGCGCUGGAUUCUCUGGUGUCUGCGCUCUGCACCAUAUACGCGAGCGUUUUCCCUCGUGGCGUGUCAAAGUGCUCGAAGCCAGUCCUGGCGUCGGUGGUACUUGGUACACCAAUCAGUACCCCGGUGCGCGAGUCGACACAGAGUCUCUAACUUACCAAUUCUCGUGGGAUAAGGAGUUAUUGGAGGAGUGGUACUGGAAAGAGACAUUCUCCACUCAGCCCGACGUGCUCAGGUACAUCGAGAGAGUGUGCGAAAAGCACAAUCUCUAUAAAGACAUCCAACUUAACACGAGAAUAAAGUCGGCAAGAUGGCUCGAAAAUUGUCAUAAUUGGGUGUUAGCUGACGCAAAUGGCUCCGAGUAUCGUACAAAGUUCUUCGUUAGCUGCUUAGGAUUCCUCUCUCAGCCUGUUCUACCCCUGAUUCCUGGCAUUGCCAAUUUCAAGGGUCAAUCAUUCCACACAUCAGCUUGGCCGAAGCAACUUGACACCAAGAAAGACUUCGCAGGGAAGAGAAUCGGGAUCAUUGGCACAGGAGCUACAGGCAUCCAGACGAUCACAGCCUUGGCAAAGGGUGCCGAGCUCAAAUCACUUACGGUGUUCCAAAGAACCGCGAAUUGGUCUGCUCCCCUCCGUAACACAACGAUAUCCCCGGAACAGAUGAAGCAGCACGUGAAAGAAUAUGAGCACUUAUUUGGACAAUGCGCCAAGACUUCCUCUGGCUUUUUGUAUCAAGCCGACCCGCGCAAGUCAUCAGAGGUGACUCACGAGGAACGUUUGGCCCUCUGGGAGAAGCUUUACAACGGCCAGGGCUUUGGCAAAUGGCUAGGCGUCUUCAAGGAUACUUAUACAGACCGCGAGGCCAACAGACUAUACUCGGACUUCAUGGCGGAGAAGAUCAGAGCACGUGUCAAUGACCCCGAGAUCGCUGAUUCGCUCAUCCCAAAGGAUCACGGCUUUGGCAUGAGACGCGUGCCUUUGGAGAGCGGAUAUUUUGAGGUGUAUAACCAAUCGAAUGUCGACUUGGUGGAUCUAAGGAAAACAACAAUCGAGACUGUUGAUGCGUCAGGGAUUAGGACUACGGAUGGCAAGCGUCAUGAUCUGGACGUGCUCAUCUUUGCUACGGGCUUUAAUGCCAUUACGGGGUCCUUUAGCGCCAUCGAUAUCCACGGCAAAAACGACCGGCCACUCCUUGGAUACAGUGACAUAGAGACUGGAAAGAACGCCAUUUGGGUCGACCAUAAGCCAAGAACUUUUCUUGGAAUCAUGGCCCCCGACCUGCCCAACACAUUUAUGGUGCUUGGGCCAGACCAGCCAUUCGGUAAUGGUACCCGCAGCCUCGAGAACGCCGUCGAUGUCGUCAUCACUAUGCUGCAGCACAUAUUUGAUCAUGGCUACACAGCCGUAGAGCCAAAGGCGGAUGCUGUGCAGGCGUGGGGGGAGCAUGUUGUGGACUCUAGCAAGGGCUUGCUAGGCAACGAGGUAGAUAGCUGGAUGACUGGUGUCAACACCAACGUGAAGGGCAAACAGGAGAGGACCGUUGCAAGAUACGUCGGCAAUGUGGUCGAAUAUAGAAAGCGGUGCGCUGAUUGUAAUGCAUCAGGCUGGAAGGAGUUAAGCUUUGCUAAGUAUGUAUGA